GACUCAUAAAGAUAAUAUGCAAAGGGCAUAUAUAUCGAGGGGACUUUCUUAUGUAUUUUAUUAAUCUAAAUGAGUGUCAAGCGUGUGAUGUACCCAUUACUCAAUGCAAACUAUAGGCGGGAAUGUACCGACUUUGCGGUGAUGCAGCUGCCGGGGUAUAAAAAGCGGAUCGGAGACCUAGCGACACUCAGAAUACUAUCAGUAAUCGGUGUUUCAGCAUCAACAGCAACCACAACCAAUUACAAUGGACUGUCAUUCAAGCGCCGACCCGAAGACAGGAGCUGCAUUCGCCAAAUGCGGCGUGAUAAAAGGUGAUGAGCAGACAAAUGCUAAGGCUGGAGUUUUCGCUAUGACCAAUGGAGGACCCGUCACUAAAGGUGUCUAUGCAGGAGUAAAUGCCAAUGGCCACAGUUUGUCGGUACAACACGGACAUACCCAAGGAUUUGGCAGUUCCACCACAACCAGCGCCCAGGCGAAUAUUUUCUCCAACAAGCAAGCAGAGAUGAAUGCAACUGCUAUGCACACUCAUACCCGAAAUCUCGACCAAUUCGGAGGUGGGUUGAAUAUUAACUCUAGCCGCGGCCAUGCUGCAUCUGUGGGAGUCAAUCAUAUACCGAAGUACAAUAUGACAACCAUGAAUGCAGCUGGCAAGGCCAAUCUGAUGUCGUCGCCCAACGGCAACCUCAAUUUGGAUGCCACAGCAAAUGCAUCGCGACACAUGAGCGGACCAUUCCGAGGCAAGUCGGACUUUGGAACAGGACUCAAUUUAAAUUAUAAAUUUUAAUCAGAACACAGGUUG